GUGGUCAGGUGACCCAGCAGCAGGCAGGCCAUUGUCGGCUUCUCCUUCGCUUUGGCUCCAAUGUCGGAGGUGUUUGUGCCUGGAAGAAAUGGACUCUGGCAAUGCACGAAUUUGAUCAUUCAGAGAUCCGAUCAGCUGAGUCUGUGAAUGGCGCCAAAACAGGACCCUAAACCUAAAUUUCAAGAAGGUGAAAGAGUCCUGUGCUUUCAUGGGCCAUUGCUCUAUGAGGCAAAGUGUGUAAAGAUCAACAUAAAGGAUAAGCAGAUUAAAUACUUCAUUCAUUACAGCGGAUGGAACAAAAACUGGGAUGAAUGGGUUCCUGAAAGCAGAGUUCUCAAAUAUGUGGACAGCAACCUUGCGAAACAAAAAGAGCUUCAAAAGGCCAAUCAGGACCAUUAUGUUGAGGGAAAGAUGAGGGGUUUAGCACCAAGUAAGAAGAUUGCUGCUGUGCAGCAGAAAAAUGUUGAUCUGAAAGUGAAAAAGGCAAAACAGAAGACCCCAGGGCCGGGUGAAGGUACGAGCAGCGGAGAAACGCCCCAGGGACCACGGAAGAAGAGGGCUCGGGUUGAUCCCACUGUGGAGAGUGAGGAGAUGUUCACCAACCGUGUGGAGGUGAAGGUGAAGAUCCCUGAAGAGCUGAAACCCUGGCUGGUGGACGACUGGGACCUCAUCACCCGACAGAAACAGAUGUGUUAUGCUCCUGAAAGUUGUCUGCCCAUGUUAUUUCAUCUGCCUGCUAAGAAGAAUGUAGAGACUGUUUUGGAGGACUAUGCAAACUAUAAGAAAUCUAAAGGAAACUCGGACAAUAAGGAGUAUGCCGUAAACGAAGUGGUGGCGGGGAUUCGGGAGUACUUCAACGUCAUGCUAGGCACUCAGCUGCUUUACAAGUUCGAGAGGCCACAGUAUGCUGAGAUCCUGGCUGAACACCCAGACAUGCCGAUGUCUCAGGUGUACGGAGCUCCACACUUGCUCCGCCUAUUUGUUCGUAUUGGAGCCAUGCUGGCCUACACUCCACUGGACGAGAAGAGUCUGGCUUUGCUGCUCAGUUACCUCCAAGAUUUCCUCAAGUACCUGGUAAAGAAUUCAUCCACACUCUUCAGUGCCACUGACUAUGAGGUCGCACCCCCAGAGUACCACCGCAAGGCUGUGUGAAAGCUCUCAGCACACAGCGCUCCUAUUGAGGCACGUCAUCCCCAUCUCCCAGGCCACAUGUAAAAUAACCAUUACUACCCUUUUGAGUGCAGACUUGGAUGAGAUUUUUCACUUGAACUGAUACGCUUCCUCCACAAAGGUCUCAGGAGCUUGUCACAGUUAAAAAGUAAAAAAUUUUAGGAAACCUUUUUUAGCUGAAUCCCUCUCCUCUUUUCUCUCCCUUUGUCCCUUUUCUCUCACUUCUUUGAAAAGACACAAGAAAUUUUUUUUCUGUCGAGAAGUUACUGUUUCCACAAGCAGCUCUUUGGUGUUUUUGUGCAUUCCAUCCGCUAGAUAUUUGUCACUGUUGCAUGUGUGUAUUUAUUAGUGCUUCUUCUGCCACAUGAGGUGCAAUUUAAUGAUGGACCGUAUGGUCAACACUCAGCAGUUAAUGUUUUUGUAUCUGUAUCUUGUGUAUUUGUAUCAAUUUGUAAAAAAAUAAAAAAAAUGUUUCUACACAAUA